UGGUCUCUCAAAUGUCUAUUUUUGUGUCACUAGGUGGUAAUUGCCAAAAUCUGUUACUGUUCCUCAAGUUUGUAGGAUGAGUAAAUGAGAAGUUUUUCAUUAAUUUGCUUCUAAAUUAUAAUGUUUGUCAUAAAGCUCUUCAUAGCCAACCAUACUUUACUAAUAUGUGAAACCAACCUGAAAUUAUAACUAAAAGAGGGCCUGGGAAAAGCCUUCAAAAAGACUUCUACAUACUUCACAGCAAACUGGAAAAGUAUUUAACAAGUUUCCAAAUGGCAAAAUUGGUUUAAUCCUUCUCUUCAUCAUCAAGCAAUCAGGAUGUUAGGCAACAGUUUGUAAUCUCCAGGGAGAAAUGUACAAACAGCUGGGAGAGCAAGAAGGAACUGCAUUGUGCGGCAGGAGUUUGUGGAGCAGAAUUUUAGGGUACUGGAGUGGAUCUCAAUUCCAACAUGAAUCUUUUCUGUUUUUCUCUGGAGGGCUCGAUGGACAGCUUGUAUGAGCCUGUCCCAGAACAUCGGGAAGCCAAGGAUACAACUACUCCUGAAAGCCAGGCUACCACUCCAGUGAGCACACAGGUGAGCUGUGAGCCACCUGACAGGUCUAUGUCUUUGGAGUUUCCUGACUUUGAGAACACACUGACCAAAAAAAGAAAAUCCAUCCAGAAGUCCAUGUCUGAAAAUGAAGCAUUUGAAGAUAAUAUUAUUGCUGAUGGAAUACAUUUGCUCCAAGGAAAGAAGAUAGAAGAAACAACAUGUCAGGUGAUAAAUUAUGAGCAAUGGAUCCCACCACGAGUUCACAAUCCAGGUGUGCCUGGUAACAGUGAAAUGGGUACAGAACCAGACAAUAAAGCUGAGUCCAGGGGAACAUUAAAAAGAUUGCAGAAGUUGGUCCGAACAAAGAAAACAAGCACACAAAGCUUGGAAGAUGUCAAGCACGUUCUGGUUCCCCUCAAUCCCUUAGAAGACGCUUAUCUCUCUGAAGAGGAUGAAGAAGCGUUAACUUCUUGCAUGAAGCUGUCAAAACCUCAGGAAAAGAAGACGUGGAAAGAUAGCACAAGGAGAAAGGAAGAGGCUGAGACCAGGAUGGAUUUUAUUUCUGCGUCUCUGGGCCGCUCAUACACUUCCAGACUUAAUAACUUAGGAACAAUUUCAAUUCAUUCUGAAACAGAAUUUCACUUGUGGAGUGACUGGAAGCCAUUUCCUGACAACCAGCUCUGUCCUUGUGACUUUUUAAUUUCAAAAAUAGAAGAAUGGGAAAACUGUACUUGCUCUUCUCAUCAGCCACAUCUUACAUAUUCCCUAACUGAUAUGGAUCUACAGUACUCCUGGCGCACGAGCAGCUUCGGAAGCUUUGACCGUUUCAGGCAUCACUCAAUAUCGAAGGCAGAUGAUUCAGCUGAGAUAUCUGAGCUGGAGACUAUAAGUGACAUUGGGGAAGCAGUACAAAUCAAAGCAGCAAACAAUGGAGGAAGUCUGAGUAAGAAGAUGAGAGCCAUUUCACUCACCAUGAAGAAAAAGAUGGGUAAAAAAUACGUCAAGGCACUCUCUGAGGAGAUGAAUGAAGAGGGAAAAGAUGACAGUGAUCCUGGUGGCGGAACACACACUGAGAAGGUCUCCCUAAAAACCAGUGACUCUUUGGAAAGUCUCUAUAGUCUGAACAGUGGCCAGAGCUCAUCUAGUGGGGUGACCAGCUGCUCCGAUGGCACCAGCAACAGGGACAGCCUGCGGUUUGAGGACGAGGUCCCCUACAACGGGCCCUUCUGCGGCCGAGCCAAAGUGCACACCGACUUCACUCCCAGCCCUUACGACACCGACUCGCUGAAAAUCAAGAAAGGAGACAUCAUAGAUAUCAUCUGCAAGACUCCCAUGGGCAUAUGGACAGGGAUGCUGAACAACAAAGUUGGAAAUUUCAAGUUCAUUUAUGUGGAUAUUAUCUUGGAAGAAGAAGCUGCACCCAGAAAGAUAAACUCACACAGAGGAAGCAAGAGGACCGAGCCUAAAACAUUGCAAGAGCUCCUGGAAUAUGUCCACCUGCAGGAAUAUGCCUCAACUCUGCUGCUGAAUGGCUAUGAAACUCUAGAGGACUUAAAGGAUCUACAGGAAAGCCACCUUAUUGAAUUAAAUAUUUCGAACCCAGAAGACAGGGCAAGAUUGUUAUCAGCAAUUGAAAAUCUCCAGGACUGUGACAUUGAAGAACAGCAGAAAAGUGAGGGUGGUCAGGAGACGCAGAACUUAAGCCUUCACCAGAGUUUUGACAAAUCACAGUUAAAUGACUGUCCAAGAGAUUCUGGCUGUUACAUCUCAUCAGAAAAUUCAGAUAAUGGUAAAGAAGAAGCAGACCCAGAAGCCCUGUCUGACAUGGUGCAGUCAAUAACAAUCAGUGAGUCAAACUGAUUCGGUCCUGCUGCUUUUCUGCAGAUUUUCAGAAAAGACAAUCACAUUUGUCAGUGUGAUGGCACAGAAGCAGAACACAAAAUAUUCUCAACACUGAAAAUCUACGUUUUUCUGAUUCAUGAUGCUCUAAACCAUUUCAUAUGUGGACAGUUGAUAGUAAAAUGUCAGUUGAUAAUAAGAAUUUCUCAUGUUUUUCUUUUCAAUGAACCCACAGGUAUUUCCCUGACAAAGUUUAUAGAACAGUAUUUAUAAAUAUUUGUACAGCAAAUGCAUUUUCUAUAAUAGUAAAGAAUUUUUUUAGGUAGUGGUUCAUAAUCUGGAGAUGUU